AUGUUCGAACGCAUGCAUGAAGCGCCUUAUACGAUCGAACUGACUGAUGAGACCAUGAAGCUCGACGCUGCUCUAUUCUACCAGGAGACUUGGGCCGACCCGAACUACACGAUGAGUGACUGGGAUGACGAGUCGGUCUGGACGUGGGGAACCAAGGGCAUGGUGAACUUUGGCAUGACGAGCUUGGCUAGCUUGACCGGUGGCUUGACUGAGGACAAACCUACGAACGAUGUUUGCUCCGACGCAUCGACUACCUUCACCGGUGGCGUCGCCGAAAAUGAGCCCAUCAACGAAGGCUGUUCCGCCUUCUCGUCGAUGCAUUCGCUCGAGCGCGUCCCGACUGAUGAGGUCACCAACGGUGGCCUCUUCAUCAUGGUGGGCUCGGACACGCUGGAGCUCUCUUCAGCUGAGAACGGCGGACUUCUGAACCACAAUCAGCAGCACCACCGGGCAAACCAUCAGCUCAAGACUCAGUUGAAGAAACCAUGA